ACCAUCAGUGCAUCUCUCUCAGUGGUUGUGACUGCCAAAGAGAGGGAAUUGAUAAAGAAAUCUCUUGUCUUGCUGCAGGUAAAAAUCAGAAAAAUACCUGUCUAUGUUCCUUGCCUUCCUAGGACAACUAUUCCCUGUCAGCCCCUUGAAAUUACACUUAAUUCACAUUUUAUCAGUGAUGGUUCUCAAUAUAAAAAAUGGGAAAGUGUUAAGUUCCUCAAAAGCAUGUGCCACUUUUAAAGCUUGAGAAUCACUGGCAUAUUUCCCUGCUAAAAGCAACUAUGGGAUUUUGCAGUGGCCAAGCCAUCCAUGAUAAUGAUAAAUCUGACAUUUAUCUAACAAAUCUGACAGACACCAAUAUCUUGUUAAGCUCAUUACAGUCCAGUGAACACCUGGCCGUGGUGUUUGCAUUGCCAAGGCUUUUAAAGUUUCCCUGCAUGAUGUGCAGCCACCAGUUUUUACAGCUGUGAUGGCAACCUAUCAAAGGGAGGGGGAAAGAGAAUAUUUGGACUUUAUAGGCAUUUUCAUUAUAAAUAAGAUUUGAGGUGACUGGUUUUCCCAGACUUACAGGGCAGAGAGGUGUUAUCCCUUUAAAAAAACCAGCAAAACCUAUUGUACAAGGGGACAACCCAAACCUUGGCAGACAGCGGUACUGCAGUAGUGGGACUUAAGACAGAUACAAGAGAGCUGACAAGAGAGAACUAAAUUUUUAAGUCCCGUAUUCACAUGCAUUUCGGAGAAAAGGGAUUUCCCUGUUAAAAUGCACUGUUCGCCCCCAAGGAUACCGUUCCGCACUCCCUCGCUGUGGGUGUACGCCCAGCUCCGAGCACCGCGCUAUUCCCGAUCUAUGUUACGUGUCCAUGCUCGCCCCCAGCCAGCGGCACAGCCCUGCCCGGCGUGUGCAGACACACACGGGGAGCUGCCGGCCGCGGGGGCAGGCGAGGCCAAGGGCGCAGAGCGAGGCGAGCACAGCCGAGGGACAGGGCCGGUCGCGGGCCUGGGGACGGGCCGGGGACAGCCGGGGAGCACUGAGGCACCGGGAGCGGCGCUCGCGGUGUGUGGAGGCUGGCUCUGAGUGCAGAUUCUGUGGGAAUUGCCGGUUGGCUCCGGGCAUCAGAGGAAGGAGAGCACAGGAUUAUUCUGGCUGAAGUGCUCAGCUUCAAGACUUGACUUUGUUCCUCGCAGCUUGGAGGGAUAUGAAGCCAAUUGGAAAAGUGCUUUGUGCUACAGGGGUUGUAGCUGGGCUCAUAGCUUUCUUCUGGGGAGAUGACUUUAACCCAGAGAGCCUGUCUGGUGCCCGUGUUCUUGUGACUGGAGCCAGUGCUGGGAUUGGAGAGCAAAUAGCAUAUCACUAUGCCAGAUUUGGUGCUGAAAUUGUGUUGACUGCCAGGAGGGAAGCUGUGCUGCAGAAGGUGAUGGAGAAAUGCCUGACACUUGGAGCAAAGAAAGUAUUUUAUAUCCCUGCAGAUAUGUCUUCCCCUUCAGAGCCUGAAAAGGUGGUUCAGUUUGCUGUCCAAAAGCUGGGGGGCCUGGAUUACCUCGUGUUGAACCACAUCGGCACGAACCGUUUCCAGGAGUGGACUGGAGAUGUGGAAUACACCCGCUGGCUCAUGCAGGUGAAUUUUUUGAGUUAUGUGGCUCUUGCAACAGCAGCUCUUCCCACCCUGGAGAAGAACAGAGGUGCUCUGGUGGUUGUUUCUUCCCUCACAGGGAGAAUGCCCACUCCCUUCACCACUUCUUAUUCUGCCACCAAGUUUGCACUGGAUGGAUUCUUCGGCUCACUGCGCCAUGAGCUCAUCAUGCAGAGGAGAAAUGUGUCUGUCACACUGUGCAUUCUGGGCCUGAUUGAUACUGCUUCAGCACUGGAGUACACCAGGGGCAAAGUUCACCUCAGUGCCUCCCCUGCUCCCGAGGCCGCGCUCGCCAUCGUCCGCGGUGGAGCCGCUCGGGCACACGAGGUUUUCUACCCACGGUGGCUGCAGCAGCUCUGCUGCCUCUGGGCUCUGUUCCCCAGCAGCGGGAACCAGGUGCUGCGGACUUUCUAUAACUACAGCAGUCCCUAAGGGAUGCCCAGUCUCAUCCUACAUCCCUUCUAAUCAUGUUCCUGCCAUCCCACUCAACCACUGGUGUCCAGCAGGAGCAGGGCAGCAGUGAUGGCAAAGUCCCCUUUUCCUAACAUGACCUGUGGUCUCUCAUCUGCUUCAGCCAUGGUUCUGCUGCUGCUACCCAUCAGUCAGAGAUCUUUCCAACUGUUCACUCUGCCUUAGCCCUCCUCCUUCAGCCUCACCUGUCUGCUUUGAUUGCAGCCAGCCUUUUCUCAACCCCUGUCCAUCUGCACAGGAUGUCCUGGAAUGUCUCUCCUCCUGGGAUGUCCUCCUCCACUACUUCAUUUUGGAUUCCAUGAACCCUCUUGCUUCCUCUAAAGUAGAAUUUUAAUCUCCAGUUUAAUAAAACAAGUUUUUAAUGUGUUGGUA